AUGGGCAAAAAGGAUCCUGCUGAUAAGACACCAUUUUACUUGGAUGAAGCCGGGAUUUUCGGCCUUUCCCUGGCAACAGCGCUGAACAAAAGGGACUACAAGGUGACGGUGUUCGACCAAAACCGGUACGAUGAAUCCGGCUACGCGCCGUCAUUCGACAGCAAAGUACAGGCGGCGUCGGUAGACCACAACAAGAUCUUUCGCGCAUCGUACGGAAAGAAGAUUCAUUACCAACGCCUGGCCCUAGAGGGCCGUCGGGGGUGGGAGAGCAUCAACGACAGCCUUGGCGACGAUGACGACGGCCCUCUGUUCGUCAACAGCGGAAUGUUGCGCGUCCAACCCGACGACCAUCUCGGUGCCCUCGAGAGGGAGACGCUGGCCAGCAUGGAGCGCGACGGCGUCAGACACACCCAGUUCGUAAAGAGCAUCCCAGAGGACGUCGAGCGGGCGCGCCAUCUCGGCUGGAGCUCCAAACUGCUGGACGUCGCCAUACCUGACAAGUCGCCAUCCGGAAAGACAUUCGAGGCCGUCCUCGACAGCCUAGCUGGCUUUAUCCGGUGCAGCGACGCCUGCAACUACCUUCUGAAGCGGGCUUCUGCGGACGGCGUCACAUUCCACCUCGGCCCAGAGGAGGGGUGUUUCCAGAGUCUAGUCGAAGAAGACGGGGAUGGGUCGGGAGAUGGUAGGAAGGCAAUUGGACUGAGAACCAAGGAUGGAAUCUUUCACAGGGCCGAUGUAGUCGUCAUUGCUGGUUCGUUUGCCAAUCAACCCCCCCCCUUCUCUUCUCCCCCACCCCCCCCCCCCCCCCCCCCCCAACCUCGAUCCCCCAGGCGUGGUCUAACACGCAAACCAUUCACCUCAGCCGGAUCCUUCUCCACGCAGCUUUUGCCAGAACUGGCAUACCACCUGGAAUCCUCGGCCGGAAGCCUGGCCACUUUCAAGAUUGACAGGUCCGACGAGGCGCUCUGGCAAAAGUAUUCGCCCGAACAGUUUCCCGUAAUCACGUGGAAGAGUGCCCCUCGGAGGCAGGACGGCACAGAUACAGGCAGCGUCUAUGUCCUUCCAAGGACACCGGAUGGGCUUGUCAAGAUAGGAUAUCGGGGUAUCAAGGUUCCGCCUCUCUCUCCACCUUCAGACGCAUUUCUCUUCACCAACUUCCAACCGGCCCCCGACGGUGCCAGCUUCGCCCAGCACGGCAUGUGGUCAGUGCCUCUGUCUCCCGCUGAGUCUCGCAGGAUUCACGGCGAUUCCGUACAUGCCAUUCGACAGUUUGUGUCCAUCUUUCUGCCCGACUUCGCCAAGCAAGAAUUCCACAGUACCAAGAUGUGCUGGUAUACCGAUUCGUUGGACAAUUCCUUCUUGAUCGACUAUGUCCCUCGGUACUCGGACAAGAGCGUCUUCGUCUGCACCGGAGGCAGUGGACACGGUGCCAAAUUCCUACCCGUUCUAGGAGAGCACGCUGCUGACAUCCUCGAGCAUGGAAACGAGAGCUCCUCAUACAUGCGCCCUCACUGGCGGUGGCGCGACGAUAUCCCCAGAGGCAACGGACUAGAUGAGGGUCCCGAAGGCCCACGCAAUAUUGGCAAUGUCACUGACCCCAGUGCAAACCCAUGA